AUGAGCCUAUUGGUUAGAAUAAUAGGUAAUAAGCAGAGUAGGCAUAUAAAGUUGAAAAACCAAGAUAUUGAUAAUAAGCCUAUUGCGUCGCCAUUGGUGAAAGCAAAACAUAUUAGUGAUUCGUUGAAAACAAAAAGUGUUCUGGAAGCAUCCAAAUCGACUUGCUCGUUAUUCCUAAGGGAGACAGGAGAUGACCAUGGCCGAGUCUACAAUGGUAUGUAUCAGCGGCAUAUGCAUGUGAAAGUCUAUUUGGAUGCUUCUGGAACACUUUUUGUGGUCAACAAAUUAAUAGUGUGGCUUGCUUUCAUCGGACGUAACUACUGCCCUUCGUUUUCAGUAAUUUUAGCCAACACUCAACAGAAUACAUACGAGGUGGUGUUUGAUGCAGCCGGAAAGAGAGUUGGGUUCCGCCCCAACCGCUGCCCUUGA